UCAAACUGCAAUUGUCUUCAACAAUAAUCCCGAGCUGAUAUUGAGCGGUCAAUUAAUAAAGGAAGACGAUAUCCAGCUGCCAUACGUGAAAUGGCUGUUGCCCAAGUCUCAACGUCUCUCUUACUCUCAAGAUACUCCUGAUCAAACCACGCAGAGCUAUGACAGCAACAACAUCCUCACUGGCCUAUCAUGAGCCAUCCAUCACCACCAUCGCCAUCCUUUCCGGCUUCCUCCUGCUGCUCAAUAUCGUAAAUUAUGGCCUCGACAAGCUCGUCUACUGUGGCCUCAUUGGUCAGGUAUUCCUCGGUAUCGCAUGGGGAACACCAGGAGCAAAAUGGCUUUCCGAAGAAUUGGAGCACUCGAUGGUGCAACUGGGAUAUCUCGGCCUGAUCUUGAUUGUCUACGAAGGAGGUCUCUCCACCUCCUUCAAAUCCCUCAAGGCCAAUCUUCUACUCUCAAUUGGAGUCGCCGUCACUGGCAUCGCCGUCCCCAUGGGCCUCUCCUUCACCCUGAGCUCUUUGAUCGGCGCCACACCGCUGCAAGCCUUCGCCGCGGGAGCAGCCCUCUGCUCGACCAGUCUAGGGACAACCUUUACGGUUCUAGGCACGAGCGGCCUCACGACCACCCGCAUGGGAGUCGUGUUGACUAGCGCUGCCAUGAUGGAUGACGUUGUCGGCCUCAUCAUGGUCCAGGUCGUGUCCAACCUCGGUGGUGGCGGCGGCAGCGACUUCAACGCCGUGACGGUGGUCCGACCGAUUCUCGUCUCGUUGGGUUUCGCGACCGUUGUACCGGCGGUGUGUAAGCUCGUCGUGGGGCCGAUCACAUUGCGCCUGAACACGAUAAGAGAGAAGAACCCUGGGUCAAGGAUUGAUCAGCUUCUUCGUAUGCGUCAGACUGCCCUCAUCAUCCAUACGUGUUGGUUGUUCGGGCUCAUUAUGGGAGGAGCCUUCGCUGGGACAUCGACCUUGCUUGCGGCAUAUGUCGUGGGCGCCACCAUCAGUUGGUGGGACAGCGAGGUGCCUCAUCUCAUGUCUCGCGAAAAGGGCAAGCAGAAAGCACCCACGGUCCAACUUGCAUCUGCUUCAGACAACCAAGAAGCUAUUCCUGUAAACAAUCCAGGGCAAUCGAGUUCCGAGAACCCACCUGCUGCUGGUCCAAUGCCAAGCAAUGGCGAAUUGGAUACCUACAACACAGGCAUUGAGAUUUACGAACGUUACUACAGCAAGGCCGUUGACCACGUGCUGAAGCCUUUCUUCUUCGCAUCCAUCGGCUUCUCCGUACCGAUAACGAGGAUGUUUUCCGGUCCCAUUGUUUGGCGUGGAAUAGUCUACACUAUUCUGAUGAUGGGUGGCAAACUAAUGUGUGGUGUUUGGCUGCUAUCUUUUGCCAGUCCGUUGCAGUCCGUGCAGCGGAUCACCAACAAGGUAUCUGAUUUAGGGAAGCAGAAGCCGCAACAGGACCAGGAACCGCGGCAGGGUGCGCAAGAUGGUCAAACGGAAGAGGUGCCGCCUCAACCGCUCGACUCGCGACAACUCGGAAAAACUCCAAAAAAUGCUUCCCCCAAGCCGGAGAUGCCCGUUUCUGUGUAUCCGGCUUGCAUCCUCGCCUCCGCAAUGGUCGCUCGUGGUGAAAUUGGCUACUUGAUUUCUGCACUAGCCGAAAGCACCGGCAUCUUCAGCGGAGGAUCAGGCGCACCUGAUCAACCUUCGGAGAUGUUCUUGAUCGUGACGUGGGCCAUCACUUUGUGCACAAUCGUAGGACCGAUUUGCGUUGGCCUGCUUGUGAAUCGGGUAAAGCGGCUUGAGACGCUCAGCGGCAAGGGCAUGAACGGAGGUGGACGAAACGUUCUCGGUGCCUGGGGUGUGGAAUAGACGGCAAGAGAGACCUUUCGGCGAGCGAUAGACAAGCGAUUCCCGCAUUCUUCAUGAAGCUGCCACCAUAUAUGUUGGCAUACCCCCAUCCUCAUGCAGGAGAUACGUCGGGCUCAUCUAUAGCCC